AUUAUACUGAUGCCCUUUCGGCCUUUCCUAAAACUAAGAAUACAUACAGUAGACUGCUUUCAAUCACAAUGUGCAUAUAACAUUUACUAUCUACUCUCAGCUUAUUACUCUAUUAUCAAUGCCGACUAUUUCGUCGGAAGAAUGUUCCGACCAACAGAGUGACGAUCGUGGCGGGAGUUACAGCUUGAGCGCUGACGUCAGCGAGUCGGAGAGUUCUAGUAGCUUCUCUGGCUGUCGCUUCAAUGCGGAAGCCGCUUCCAGCUCCAUGGCUUCGUCGCCGCUCGCUCGCCGUGCUUUCACCGGAAAUGCUGGUUUUCCGGCGCCGGUGAUGUUUCCGGUCGUCGGAGGUCAAGAUGUGGUGGUUUGGGAGGACAAAACGGAGAAGCCAGAAGCUAAUUUGUCAGAAGUUGAGAUGAUGAAGGAAAGAUUCGCCAAACUUCUUCUUGGAGAAGAUAUGUCUGGAGGGGGUAAAGGUGUCAGUACGGCACUUGCGAUUUCAAAUGCCAUUACGAAUCUCUCUGCUACUGUAUUCGGAGAAUUGUGGAGAUUGGAGCCUUUGGCUGCACAAAAGAAGGCGAUGUGGUGCAGGGAAAUGGAAUGUUUACUAUGUGUCAGUGAUUCAAUUGUCGAGCUGGUUCCAUCUAUUCAACAGUUCCCUGGAGGAGGAACUUACGAAGUGAUGGCAACACAGCCGCGGUCAGAUUUGUAUGUUAAUCUUCCUGCCCUAAAGAAGCUUGAUGCUAUGUUAAUCACCGUUCUUGAUGGCUUUCACGAUUUGGAAUUUUGGUAUGUUGAACGUGGUGUGGCUGGAGAUGAUUGUGAUACCUAUCCAUCUGCUUUUUCAAGUGGGAGGCCGUCAGUUAGGCAGGAAGAGAAGUGGUGGCUACCUUGUCCUAAGGUUCCACCAAAUGGGUUGACGGAGGAUGCUAGGAAGAAGCUGCAGCAGUGCAGGGACUGCACCAACCAGAUACUGAAGGCAGCACUAGCAAUUAACAGUAAUGUGCUUGCUGAAAUGGAUAUCCCCAGCGCUUAUCUGGACACGUUACCCAAGAAUGGAAAAGCAUGUUUAGGUGAUACAGUCUAUCGCUACAUAACUGCUGACCAGUUGUCUCCAGAAUGUCUUCUUGAUUGCUUAGAUCUGUCGUCAGAGCACCAAGCUCUGGAAGUAGCAAACAGAAUAGAGGCCGCUGUGCAUGUAUGGAAGUUAAAAUAUCAGAGAAAACACUCUAAUUAUAUAAAAUCUAAGCAUUCAUCAUGGAGUGGCAAGGUAAAGGGCCUUGUUAAUGAUGCUGGAAAGAAUCACGUCUUAGCUCAACGGGCAGAGAGCUUGUUGCACAUCCUGAAAAUGCGCUAUCCUGGUCUUCCACAAACUGCUUUGGACAUGAACAAAAUUCAGUACAACAAGGACGUAGGGCAGUCAAUCCUUGAAAGCUACUCAAGGGUAAUGGAGAGCUUGGCUUUUAACAUAAUGGCAAGAAUUGAUGAUGUCCUUUACGUUGAUGACGCUGCCAAGCGAUGUUCCACUGCAGAAUUAAUGUCCUUUUUCAAUCAGGGGAGUUUGGGUAGUAAACCCAUUCAAAAGCGGAUGUUACCUAGUCCAUUUUCAAUUCGGCACACGCCUUACACUUCUCCUUUUGCAACUCCAACGUUCUGUUCAUCCCCUCCUAUCACUAGUAGCCCCAGUAGAGUACAUGCGCCGAUACAAAAUAAUGGUAUCAAAGGUAUGCCAAACCGUAAGGCAGAGAUACCAUUGCCGGACUUGGAGAAGCUAUGGUCGUAUGCUGGAAAUUUAAGUGCCAGAAGAAUCUCUGGGGAUGCCCCUGAACGUGAUUAAUAGUCAUCAAUACUGCGGAAUCGAGCUUGCAGGGACAAGCUAAACUGACUUGUGGAAGUGGUGCAUGGAGAAUUGAAUGGUACCUCGGAUCUUGUACAUGUCUUUGACAAAUUAGGGAUAUGGGGUGUAUCAUAUUUAGCUCGUUCUAAUAGUAUUUUCUUGUCAGUCUAAUUAAGGAAUAGGAUAACGUUUACGAGUAUAUUGUUAAGUCAUCAUUUAUCUAAUUUGUUCAGUUUAAUAGAAAUGUGCAUGUAUUGCUAACUUUAUAUGUUGUACCCUCUUUUGGGAGAUUAUUAUGAUUAAGGGAAUGCUGACGGCUCAAGUUCAGAGUGAACAAAUCACCACAUUACUGCGGCAUCCAGAUAUAAAAAUUUCCACUUUGUA